UAGUGUUUCACAGGAAGGAAACUCUGGCACGCAGGAGGCACCAGAGUGCUGAACGGGAAUGCAGAGAAAACAGCUCCUCUUUGAGCGAGUGUCUUACAUUAAAAUACAUUUUUAGAAUAAUUGUUCGCUAUCGGAACAGUUUGAACGGUUUUUAGGUCAGUUUAAUCAAUACUCAUCGCAAACUUAAUAAAACGGAAGACGCGUUAAAGAUCUUCGGCAUCAGUAUUCCCAAUAUUUGUCUUUGAACAGGAAAGAUCAGCAACACAGCAGAGUGUCGUUUUCAGCCUUCCACCAUGGCAACAAAUAAUGAUUACCCCACUGACCUCCAACCACGGAAAAAUGAAUUCUAUCCCGCACCUCCAUAUAGUCAGGGACCAUCCCCACCAGGUCAAGGUCCCAUGGCUGGUCAGGUGCCCAUGAUGCCAGUUCCUCAGAGACCCACUGGUUGCCCCCCAGGCCUGGAGUACCUGACUCUGAUUGACCAGCUCCUUGUUCAGCAGAAGAUUGAGCAAGCUGAAGUUAUAUUGGGCUGGGAGACCAAUAAUAAGUACAUGGUGAAGAACAGUAUGGGGCAGCAGGUAUUCUUUGUGGCUGAGGAAAACGACUGCUGUAACAGACAGUUCUGUGGACCAUUGCGCUCGUUUGUCCUCCACGUUCAGGAUAACAUGGGACAGGAAGUAAUGACACUCACACGCCCUCUGAAAUGUGGGAGCUGUUGCUUCCCCUGUUGCCUACAAGAGCUUGAAAUCCAGUCUCCUCCUGGCAACCCAAUUGGAUAUGUCAUCCAAAACUGGCAUCCUUUCCUCCCCAAGUUUACCAUACAGAAUGAGAAAAGAGAGGCAGUUCUGAAGAUUGUGGGGCCAUUCUGUUCCUGCAGAUGUUGCUCUGAUGUGAACUUUGAUGUUUUGUCCAUGGAUGAGUCUAAGAAGGUGGGCAAAAUCUCUAAACAGUGGACAGGUCUGGUGAGAGAAGCUUUCACUGAUUCGGACAAUUUUGGCAUCUGCUUUCCUUUGGAACUGGAUGUAAAGAUCAAAGCUGCUCUUUUUGGAGCAUGCUUUCUCAUAGAUUUCAUGUUCUUUGAAAACAAUAAAUAAAGUCUAUUUUACCAGAUACCAAAUUCUUCAUUUGAAUUCUUCAUUGUGCACUUUCGGAUGUAAUCCAUGGAUUCAGAAGAUGUGGAAUAAACACUUAUGUAGAAUUUUAACAUGCUUUUGUGGAUGUUUAGAUCACUGAGGUAAAAAAUAUAUUAUGUGCAUUACAUUAAAUAAUGUCUCUUUAUAAUGUUCUUGCAACACCACCACUAGGUGACAGCAGUUACCUUUACAAUAAUGUUGGGAAAUGCAGUAUUUGCCAAAAGUUUAACUACCUUCAAGAUGAGGAUAUUAUUUGAGCUUUUAGACAACUUGAAAGCACAAUAUAUAGUGUAUAAGAAAUCUUGUAACAAACCUAUUUGUUUUCUUUGUUAGCAGCUUUUAUGCCAUUUUGCCUUUUGUCGUUUAAUGUAUAACUGAUGAAAGGGUUUUAAAUGAUUUCUGCUAUCACCAUCUACUUUCAGUAUGAGUCUUUCUCAGAGAUGUGUUGGAACAUUAUUAUGGCUUGCAGGUAUAUAAAGCUGAUACAUGUUAUAUUAAAACAUUUAUAUUGUAAAAAGCAGUUAACAAACACAUCUAAAUGAAAUUUAGAAAUGAUUCUCAUUAUACUAAAUAACAUCUGCUGUAGUCUCUUUUAGCACCUUCUGUCUGGUAUUCCCAAAGAACUCAUCAGCUCCUCAUUAUGCAUCUUAGGAAGUUAAGCAGACAUUAGACAAUGAAUAACACUUUAACUUUUUUUUUUUUUACAAGUUACAUGUUUCUCAGCAACAACACCUCAGUUAACACUCUCCUAGAAAGUUAUUUGCCCCAUCUCAGGAGGAAAUGUUCAAAAUGAUGCUUGAAAAACAUGCCUUGAUGAGUCAUUUCAAAGUAGAAAAUUAAGUGAUCAUGACCAUUGUCUGGAGACUUUUCACUUAAAUUCAGUAUUUGGUAAAAUGACAGCUCUUUAUAGAGAGAAACAAAUGAGAAGUGACCAAAUAUAAAUGACCUUAGAUUAAGAAUACUGCACUGCAAAAUAAUUUUCAGAUAAAAAUAUAAAAAAGAGACAUACAUGGAUGGUGUUUUGUGUUUGUGUGAAUGACACUGCACUUUCUAUACAUACUGUAUAUUUACUGGCCAUUGCUCCUGUUAGGGCCACUCUUGAUGAAAUUUAAGUCGUCAUGUGGUGUGAACACUAUGUACAUUUAAAAGUGCAAAGCAGAUUUUUGUAGUCCAAGCAGAUUAUAUAUUAACAUUUUAUAAUUUAAUGUACAACAGUGAGCUGUAAAAUAUACAGGUACCAAAAUGACAUCCUGUAAUGCCUGCCAUUUUAUUUUUAUUUUUUUACUGUAAAUGUAACAGGUUUAAAAAAAUGUUCACAGAUAAAACUUGGGUCCCUCCUGAAAGUCA